AUGGAAAAAAAAAAACGAAGUGGAACAUCUUCCACAUUUAAGGAAAUUCCGAGUUUCAAUAAAUCUUACUUAGACCUAAGUACUUAUAGCAAAGAUAAUUAUGGAAAGCAAAAUUCUAUUAACAACACAAAUGAGGUUUUUGAAUUUUUCACUAGUAUUACAAACAACCAAAAGGAUAUAAGCAAGAAGUAUGAACAAUUAUUUUCCUUAAUUAAAAAAUUCGGAAAGGAAAUUAAAUAUUUGCUAAAUAAAAAUAAUGAAUAUAAUGGCAUUAUCAUCGAUACAAAAGAAUGCGUUAAAAAAAUAAAAGAGAAGCUAAGUGACGCUUCUUACAAGGAAUUUGAAAACUUAGAAGGAGAAUUACUUAAAGAUAAGAACAAUAUAGACGUGAUAGGAAAAAUAGUAUCCUACCUUUGGGAAGAAGUUGGAUACUGCAAUAAAAAUUCCAUUGAAUGGAAUGAAAAAAUUGAGGAAUUAAAAAAAUAUAUAGGUAGUAAAGAUGAGUUUCUAAAACUAGAAAGGAAACUAACCUUAACAAGUGAAGAAUUGAAAAAAGAAAUGGUAUAUAAUAUGAGUUCAUUAAAAGAGCAACAAGAUUUGAAAAUAAAAAUUAAAGAAGACAGAAAUAUGUAUAGAAAUGACAUACAAAAUAUGGAACAAAAAUUUUUGUACGUCAUUUUAAAGUUUAUAUUAAGAGAUAAAAAAUAUAAAACACAGAAAUUUUUUUUCCUUUUUUGGUUAAACAUAAUCAGAAAUAAAAAGGACACAAUGAACAACAUAAUAUCUUGUAUUGCUAAAAAGCAACAGUAUUUAUUAUACUCUUGUUUCACAAAGUUAAAGAACAAUUCUUUUGAAAAAUAUUUAAUCGAUAAAAUUAUUAGUAUGGUCGAUUUCCCGUUACGUGGCAACACCUAUGCAGAAAAAGGAACCCCUAGGAAAACAUAUUACAGUCACAAUUCUAGCUAUAAUAACGACCACAAUAUCGAUCUGGACAAGGAUCGAAGCAAUGAUCGAAGCAACAAUAGUAAUAUCAAUGAAAGCAGUAAUAACAAUGGAAAUAGUAAUAACAAUGGAAACAGUAAUAACAAUGGAAGCAGUAAUAACAAUGAAAGUAGUAAUAACAAUUAUUACAAGAAUCAUAAUAGUAUACGCAACAGCCCGAAGGAUAGGAACAAAAGCAGCGUCUUCCCCAUUUUAGUCAACAGUUAUAAAAACAAAAAUAGUGAUCAUGCAUCUCCCAUCAAUUAUGACCGUGUUCAUAGCAGGUCCAGGAAACAUAACGAAUCAAUUAUUAAUUACGAAAAAGAAAACAGUUCUGCCACACGAAAAAGCGAUAUAACAACACAUAUGUAUGAUUCACUAGAGGAUUUCACGUCUGCAAAAAGAGACACACAACAGUUUGGUAGUGGCAGUGAGGAUGGAAGAAAGAACAACAAUCAUCACAAGGGAAGCCACCACAGUGGUAGCGGUAAUAAUAAUAGCACAAAUAGCUGCUGUGAUAAAAACAGCUCAUAUAAAAGAAACAUGUCCUAUAAAAGAAACAGCUCAUGUAACAAAAAGAGCACAUACAACCAAAGCAAUGCAUGUGACGAAAUGAAAGGUACUGAUGAGUGUUACGAUAGAGAGUCUACUUAUCAUAUCGAAAAGAUGUACAACAAUUUCUCUCGUCAGAUGGAAGAAAAGGCAGACAAAAAAAGUGUAGAUAUGAUACACCAAACAAUAAAAAAAAUGAACAAUAAAAUUAAUGAUAUACGGGAUACAUUGGAGAAGAAAAACAAAAUGAUAAGAAAUGAGGAAUUCUUCAAAAAUACAACAUCUGAGAUAUUUUCUUUAAAUCAUAAAAAUGGAUCAAAUAAAAAAUAUUCGGAUACGGAUUAUAACAAUUCCAUAGAAAACAAUUCCUUAAGCAUUCCCACAGAAAGAGCUCUAAGUGGGUACUUAUUAAAUAAAAACAAGUCAAGAAACAUAAGUACUAGUGAAGUAAAUAGGUCAAAAGGAUUGAAGAAGAAAAGUGAAGAUUUUCAAAAAAUGAAUAGUGACUAUGAUAAUCGCCCAAAAAAAUAUGAUAGCAUUGCACACAAAGAGACUUAUGAUAAUAUGGAAAAAUGGAACUUAAAUAAUGAUAAAUAUUCCAAAAAUAAUUCUAUGGAUGUGCCACGCAUCGACGAGAAUUACCUCUACCAAAGGCUCUCCAAAAAUAACACACGCAGUGGUUCACGUGUCAAGAAUGAUGGUACCCGUUACGAUGGGGGAAGUAAAUAUAGUGCAGCCUAUACCAGCAAGGAGGUAUUCAAAGGAGACUCCAAAGGAGACUACAAAGGUGAUUACAAAAGAUAUUACAAAGGUGACUCCAAAGGUGAGUACAAAGGAAAUGUCGGGCGUGAUACCGAACUUGGUACCAGAAUAGACACUACCCAUGACAGCCAUAAGGGGAAGUACAACAAACGGGAGAUAAUCGAAAGUAACAAUGAUAACUGUUCACCAUCGGACAUUAAGCUCAUUUUAAGGACAGGAGGUGGGUUUCGAAAACUUAGUGAGCAUUGUCAAAAAAAUUAUAUAGAAAAAUUGAAUUACUUGAAUGAUAAUAAUUUGUUGGGGUACGAAACAAAUUUGAACAUCAAAAUAAAAGGACAUCCCUUUAUACAUAAUGUUACCGACAACAAACAAAAUACGCAGAAAAAGGAGAAAAGACACAGAUCACUUUCAAAGUUUUAUAAUAUGCAUUAA